GCAACGAUCAGCUCCACCUGGCAAACAGCUGGCAAAUGCAAAACAAACUCGCGGCCAGAAAUUCGCUUGAUAAGGGCGAUCAUUAGGGGCAGUUGAGUGGUUUUGACGCGACGACUCGCACACUUUGCAGCAUUUAGAGGCCAUACCAAAAAACAUUCACCAAAUUGGCCAUGGCAACACAUUUGCUUCGAAAUGCCAGCACAUUUUGGCUGCUCAAAAACUGCCAACGCUCGAUGCCAUUCGCUGUGUCACGCUGCCUGCAUCUGACGACUCGCUUGGAGAAGAAGAUUGCGUUCAAUCUGAGCGACAUUGGCGAAGGCAUACGCGAGGUGACCGUCAAGGAGUGGUUCGUGAAGGUGGGCGACACCGUCGAGCAGUUCGACAAUCUGUGCGAGGUGCAGUCGGACAAGGCUUCGGUCACCAUCACCAGUCGCUACGAUGGCAAGAUUACACGCAUCUAUCACAGCAUCGAUGAGCUGGCUUUGGUGGGCAAACCGUUGCUCGAGUUUGAGGUGGUAGAUGCGGAGGAGGAUGAAGAUGAUGGCAGCAGUAGCAGCAGCAGCAGCGAUAGUGAUGUGCAGUCCAGCAGUGGAGCUGGGAGCGAGUCCGCACCUGGUGGAGUGCCAGCUGGCCGUCAUAUUACGCCCGCCACGCCCGCCGUUCGCCGCCUGGCCAAGGAGCAUAAAGUGAAUCUCUCCGAGGUGCCGCCUACGGGCAAGAAUGGACGUGUGCUCAAGGGUGAUGUGCUCGAGUAUUUGGGUCAAGUGCCGCCCGGCACCAAUGUGCCUCACCCCAGUAACGCGCAAGCCAAGGCUCCGGCUCCGGCUCCAGCUGCCGCUCCGCCAGUGCCGGCUCCAGCGGAUCGUGUGGAGCAACUCAAGAGCGUUCGCAAGGCCAUGCUCAAGUCAAUGACGGAAUCGCUCAAAAUUCCACACUUUGCGUACAGCGAUGAGAUCGAUAUGUCGAAUCUGGUCAAGUUCCGGAACCAACUGCAACCGUCUGCCCAAGAGCUGGGCGUGCCCAAGCUGACGUUUAUGCCGUUCUGCAUUAAGGCCGCCAGCAUUGCCCUGACCAAGUAUCCGAUUGUGAACAGUUCGCUGGAUUUGGCCAGCGAGUCGAUCAUCUAUAAAGGCGUCCAUAACAUUAGCGUUGCGAUCGAUACGCCCCAGGGUCUGGUCGUGCCCAACAUCAAGAACUGCCAGGCGAAGAGCAUUAUUCAGAUCGCCAAGGAUCUGAAUGCGCUCGUUGAACGAGGACGCACUGGCUCCCUAAGCCCCGCGGACUUUGCCGAUGGCACCUUCUCGUUGUCCAACAUUGGCGUCGUGGGCGGCACGUAUACGCAUCCCUGCAUCAUGGCACCCCAGGUGGCAAUUGGUGCAAUGGGUCGUAUGAAGGCGGUGCCGCGCUUUAAUGAUAAGGACGAGGUGAUCAAGGCGCACAUCAUGAGUGUUAGCUGGUCGGCGGAUCAUCGUGUUAUCGACGGUGUUACCAUGGCCAGUUUUUCCAAUGUCUGGAAGCAGCACCUGGAACAGCCGGCGCUCUUUUUGCUGCACUAAGCUAGGCUGCCAAGCUGCCAUGCUUUUCCAGGCUUCCAACGAUCAACCGUUAAGGCUGUUCUCUUGCAUUUAUUUACAAAGAAAGAAAGAAAGAAGAAGAAAGAAAGCAAAAACCUUUGCAGCUAUUUUCAGUGCCUUAUGGCCGCCAUGUGACGCACUCUCCCUACACCUCCCUUGUUUCCCCUUCAGAAUGUGCAUUUAUAGCGGACGCCGCCCCUGCGAGCUCCUCUUUAGCUUUAAGCUCGUCGCGCACUUGGCUGGCCAAUUUAAAACAAUUUCCCAUCCCAUCCCUUUCCAAUUCAGUUGUUAUAUUUUUUAAU